UGGAAGCUGAAAUUGUGAAUAUCCCGCUCCUCAUUGGCUCUCCGCUGAGAACAAGGACGGGUCGCUCUCCGCAAGCCCGUGGUGCUGAAAUCUCGCCUCGCRAUGAUAACAAUGUAACGGCAAUGAAACACUUCACUGUGGAACCCAAUAAACACCACCAAAAUGGAAGAUGAUUUGUUCCAGUUAAGACAACUCCCCGUGGUCAAGUUCCGUCGCACGGGUGAUAGCACACGCUCUGAGGAUGACGGCGGGGGCAGAGAGCAGGAGGUCCAGAUCGAUGGGAGGCAGGCUUARAUGGAGUCUGUGGCACUUCAGGAUGGUGCACCAGUACCUCGGGAGUUUGCUAAUCCAACUGAUGACACUUUCAUGGUGGAGGAUGCUGUGGAGGCCAUUGGCUUUGGGAAGUUCCAGUGGAAACUCUCCAUCCUCACUGGUCUGUCCUGGAUGGCUGAUGCUAUGGAGAUGAUGAUUCUGAGCAUCCUAGCUCCACAGCUGCACUGUGAAUGGAGGCUGCCAAGUCUGUGGGUGGCGCUACUCACUUCGGCGGUGUUCAUUGGAAUGAUGAUCAGCUCUUCCAUUUGGGGGAACAUAUCCGACAAGUAUGGCAGAAAAACAGGUCUGAAGAUGAGUGUGGCGUGGACCAUGUUCUAUGGUGUCCUGAGCGCCUUUGCCCCCGUCUAUGGCUGGAUACUCUUCCUCCGUGCCCUGGUGGGCUUUGGCAUCGGAGGAGCACCACAGUCGGUGACACUGUAUGCAGAGUUUCUCCCCAUGAGGUCCAGAGCCACCUGCAUCUUGCUGAUAGAGAUAUUCUGGGCGCUGGGCACUGUGUUUGAGGUGCUGCUGGCCAUCGUGGUGAUGCCCACUCUGGGCUGGCGCUGGCUGCUCGGCCUCUCUACCAUUCCGCUCUUCAUCUUUGCUAUCCUCUCUUUUUGGCUGCCAGAGAGUGCCCGCUAUGAUGUGUUGACAGGGAACCAGUUUGUUUUGUUUCAGUUAUUUAUCUGUCAUGUUGCUUUUCUGUUUUUCAAUCAGGAGGACCGUGGGAAGAUCCAGGAUCUUUUCUCACCGCAUUUUCGCUGGACCACAAUUCUGCUGUGGUUUAUUUGGUUCUCUAAUGCAUUUGCCUACUAUGGCCUGGUCCUGCUCACCACUGAGCUCUUCCAGGAGGGGGGCGCCUGCGGGGAGUCAAAAGGUAGUAAGAGGGAGCCCAGGUGUAGCCUGGAGUGUAAAUACCUGACCUCAGACGACUACAAGGAUCUGCUGUGGACCACCCUCUCUGAAUUCCCAGGCCUACUGGUGACUCUYUGGGCCAUCGAUCGGCUGGGAAGGAGGAAGACCAUGGCACUGUGCUUCUUUGUCUUCUCUCUCUGCCUUGUUCCACUCUACGCUUGUGUAGGGAGGACCUGGUUGACAGUAUUGAUAUUCAUCGCCAGGGCCUUCAUUGCAGGAGGUUUCCAGGCUGCUUAUGUCUACACCCCUGAGGUAUAUCCAACAGCAACCAGAGCGUUAGGUCUGGGCACUAGUAGUGGAAUGGCCAGAGUGGGAGCCCUCAUCACACCCUUUGUUGCACAGGUGAUGUUGGAGUCUUCUGUGUACCUGACUCUGUCAGUGUAUAGCAUCUGUUGCAUGCUGGCUGCCAUCGCCUCAUGUGCUCUGCCCAUUGAGACCACUGGCCGGGGCCUCCAGGAGUCCAGCCACCGCGAGUGGGGCCAGGAGAUGAUGGGCCGGGCCCAUGGCAACAGCUCUGGGGGCAUCCCACACUCCGACUCUGGGUCCCAGGAGGACUGAACACAGGCAAGAAGGUGGUGGAGGAUGGAGGCUGGAGUGGAAAAGAGGGGCAAUGAAGGAGAAGGAAGCUAGGCAAGAAGCCCUUGUCCAUUCUCAACUCAAAUGUGUCAUUACUGGUUUGUAUAUAGGCACCACAGUGGCUUGAGAGAGAGCCUGCCAGCAAAAUGUUAUUCAAAAACAUUUCUCUCCGAUUUUAAUCUUCGACCACUACCAUGAUUUUUGCUAAUGUACGAUAACCUCACUCUGAGUGAGACAGAGCUGAAUGGAGUAUUCAAAGUUGCACUGGAUGGUGGCAGGGAGAAAAAACAUUCAGGGUGGGAUUGACAUUCUUCCAGCUCAGUAUUUGAAUUUUACAGUCAUAUUGUGAGAGAAGAACAGCGAGAGCGAUGGUAGAAGAGUGUGAUAGAGGACGUUGAUUUGCUGCAUUGUUUCUAUUAACCCGUUUCCUCUAAGAGAUCAUACUCAGGUCCUACUACUUGUUUUUGGAUGAGGGACAAAUUGAGGACUUUUGACUAAUGAAAGGGCAGCUGCAUUGAAACAUCACAAAAAGUCCAUUAUCUUGUGCAAAGCUAUAAUGAAAACAAUGACAUGUAACGAAUUGCUAUCUAAUGUUACCGUAAUUACACACUCAACAUAAUCAAAUCUGUACAUCUUGGGUUGUCUGCACGUCCCCAUCACCACGGUAACCAUCAGCCACUGUAAUCACCCUGCUGUCAACUGACAUGAGGCACUUCGAGGAGGUGUGGGGUCACAAAUCUCGGUUACACUUCAGUUUAGAAACGUAUAAGUGAGGCAAUCAUAAUGACGACGUAAAGUCUCUCUGUGCAGCUGGUAUAAGCAUUUAUUAGCACUCAUAUUGUAGUCUGACUUGAACGGAGUCGUGCUGUUGUCGCACGGUGAACAUAGUUUAUGUAAAUUAGGGAAAUUGCAGAUGUGUACUGAUUAAAGUUCAUGCCAGGUGUUACAAUGCUUAUAUGUGCAUGUUGAAGGCUUUAUUUGCCAUGAAACUGAAGUGCUACUGAAAUCUUUGAACCGUACUAUACUUUCACCUCUUAUCCACCCAAAGUUGUCAGUCUGGUACAGUACUAUUUACUCCACAUGGGUGAAAUUAUUCAAAGCAAACAUAAUCACAUGGUUUUUCAGGGUACACCUCAAUGGCUGGCUGUGAAUGCUAAACAUCAUGUUAACCUGAAUUCACAUAUUAAACACAGAACACUCAACAAUACUGAUAAUACAAACACACACACAAACCUUCAUACAACAAUUUUUCGGAGUGGCACAGCUUUUGCUUACUGGAUAAAAGUCAUCUCUGUAUAUACUAUACCAAUAGCUGGUUUGGUUGUUGUUUGUUGGUGAGGUGGUGCGGGGAUGGUCUUUGUCCCCUUGUAAAAGUAACACAUGAAACAAGUUGUUGUUGAAAAUGGUAAUGGUUCCUACAUGCCUGCCAUUGCAAUUUAGUACCACAUUAAAAAUGUCUGUGCAGAUUCUUCUCACUACACUGGAUGUAAAUGUGUAUGAUACAACAAUAAAUUACGUUUCAAAAAAGCAGAA